GGUGUAGGGAGGAAUUUGGGAUACGGCCCAAGUCUCGGCUCAGUGCAGGAAUGAAACGUAGAACUUCCUGUUUUUGUGGGUUUGGUGAGCGAGAACACUAAAAAAAAAAAAAAAAACCAAGCGUUUUUGUGGAUCUUCUCCAUGGCUUGAAGUUUAUUUAUUUAUUUUUUAUGUUGUAUUUCGUGUAAAAUUAGAUCUUUUGAAUGGAUCGAAUUUGGCAGAGGAGAGCAUGGACAGCUCAGUGACCCUGUGGCAGUUCCUGCUGCAGCUGCUGGUGGACCCGGGCAACGAUCAUCUCAUCUGCUGGACCAAUGAGGACGGCGAGUUCAAGCUCCUCCAGGCCGAGCAGGUGGCCAAGAUGUGGGGCGCUCGUAAGAACAAACCCAGCAUGAACUACGACAAGCUCAGCCGAGCCCUGCGCUACUACUACGACAAGAACAUAAUCAAGAAGGUAAACGGACAGAAGUUCGUCUACCGCUUCGUCUCCUAUCCAGACAUUUUAAAAGCCGAUUACGCUGCCCGAGCCGAGGGGCCCGAAGCAAGUCCCCUUCCCUCUCCCGAGCAGCAACCAAACAAAGGCCUGCUCACCUGCAACAAACAAAACAAGGACACCUUCAAAUGCGUCGGCUCAGCCUCAAGCCAGUCCAAAUCGUCCAGCCGGAACGACUACAUCCACUCAGGUCUGUACACGUCCUUCACGCUGACCUCUCUCCAGUCAGGAACGCAGCUCUUCAAGUCCAUCAAAAUGGAAAACCCAGCAGAGAAGAUGGCCGAGAAGAAAGACGCAGCGCAGCCGCCGUCCGUCAUCAAAUUCGGGAUUCCGCUCCAGACGAAAGUCCCCGCACAGAGCACGAAGGAAAAACCGACUCCACCUGUUCCGCCCGUUCAACCCCCGAUCCAGAUGUUGGAACCGGGGGAGGAGCAACAGCAGCUCAGUCCCAGCACGCCGCUGGAGGUGAGCUCCGGUACCGACACGCCACCGAUUAACAUCAUCCUCUCAGGAAUUUCUCCUUCUCUGGGAUGUCCCUCGCCCUCACCCAGCACGCUCGCAGACUCCAAGGAGCUGAUCAUCGACACGGACGUCGAGUCGGUUUCCUCUCAGCCUACAGAGCUGCAGCUCCAGCCAUUGUUUGACUCCAACUCCUCGGACUUGUCACUGGUCCUGAGUCACGGUCAGAGCGGUAAAUCUUCAAAGAAGCCUCGAGGGUUGGAGCUCAUGCCCACGCUAUUGGUGAGCAGUUCGGACUUGAGUCCCCUCAACCUAUCCAGUCCGUCGCUCCCUACAGCCUCCCUCACGCCGGCUUUCCUGCAGACACCGUUGUUGCUCACGCCGAGUCCCCUGCUGUCCAACAUCCAUUUCUGGAGCACGCUCAGUCCCGUGGCUCCCCUCAGCCCAGCUCGAAGACAGGGCGCACACACGCUCUUUCAGUUCCCCUCUGUCCUGAGCUCCGCCCAGUUCUCGGUGCAGACGCACAGUGUGGACGGCACCAACACACCAGGACCUCUCUCUCCAGACCCACAGAAGACAUGAACAUGAACAGAAAAACAGACUGCUGUGAUUGGUGGGUUUGCUUUUUUUCCCCCUCAAACACACACACACACACACACCCCCGUAUUGACUCAGAAACACUUUUACCCCACGUUACCUGUUGGUCAAAUUCUUACUCCUGGUGACGAUGAGCAUUCAGGACCUUCGUCGCAGGGGGUUCGGGUGGAGCUUCACCUUCAGCUGGAGGGAAGAGUUCUUUCAACAGAGUUUGCCUUUAUUUUCUUCUGCUCAAACGGACGACAAGCCAUCAGAUAACCGUUUCCGUAAAGGAUUCGCUUUUGUGUGCUGUUUUGCAGGGAGGUCAGCUUUCAGGGAGUCACUGCUUUUUUUUAUUAAAUUUUUUUUAUGUCAUGUUGGAACAGGACGUCCCACAACAGUUUGAGGAAGAACAACAUGGCGUAUGUCCCAAUACUUUUGCUCAUACCAUGUAUAUAAUUGCAGUGCUUAUGAAUAUUUUUUUAUUUUCAUACUUUCUUCAUAGCGAUACAAUGCUACCAAAACACACACACACACACACACACGUUUCUUGGUUUGAAUAGUAAACGUUAAACGCUUUUUUCCCAAUUUAAAACUCAUCAAUUUUAGAUAACUAGCUAGCUACAUUAGCCUGCUUGUAUUGAGUAGGAUUGCAGCUGAGAAUUUGGUAGAUCUUUCAUAAGAGCUUUCUUCUUUUCUUUUUGUUGGUAGGUUCAGAAAAUCUUUUCAACGACGACCCGUAACGGCUGAUCGCAGCUUUAUUUUUACCCACCUAGCUGGCUUUGAAAAAAAAUUAAUUCUUAGAUUGCAUUUGAAAAAAUUGCUAGAUAUUUUAUCGACGUUAUAUCAUGGUAUCUAAACGUAUUUUUUUCCCCUAAGGAAUAAAACAAGCACAGUAUCAGACUCGAUCCCGGUGUUGGUAUCGAGGAAUCUUCUCUAUCGCGAGGUUUCUUAUGCGUAAUCGCCUCUCCAGGUAAAGUCCCCUCAUUUCUUUGCCUUCGUACUCAGGGGGGAGACCACGUACACGUUUCUUAAAAACGUCCUCAUUUUGCACCUUUUCUGGCCAUAAACAGCACCUACAAGCACCUUGACGCGACUGCUCCUAACCAGUCGAUUAACGACGCACUUACACACUAAUCACGUCUCAAAGACGCUUGUGGAAAUGUCUACAGAUUGUAAUCUAGUUUGGUUAUGAGGGAAAAAUAUGACACAAAGACUCAAACAAUCCAGAUGCUUAUUUUUGUAUUGACUGUUCAGGGUUUAUAGUAAUCAUUAUUUUUCAUGAGAUAUAUUUGUACAUCGUGAGGUUUGAAGCGAGGCAAGUUGAAUGAGUGUUGAAAGUAAUGGGAUUCCCAGAAAUGCUAUUUUUUACAUUUUGCCUAGAAAGACAGAUUGAAAAGGGAAUAUCUGGAAAUUACAUUUUCAAAAAUUUUAGUCACCAGGAUUUAGGAAUUUCUUAAAAAUAUAUUUUUUUUAAUAGAGAAAUGUAAUAAAUAUAUAUAUACACUUUGAAAGCUUCACACUUUUCCAAUUCCCCAACUUCUGGUUUAAUCUGGAAGGGAAAAAAAAGCAACAUUUGCGCUUAAACAAUUUUAAAGAACGCCAUGCUAAAAAAAAAAAAAAAAAAAAAUAUUAUUUGAAAUUUGUGCAAUUCUUGUAAAAAUUUGCAUUUUAUCCAUCCGGUUGUAAUGAGAUCAUUCCAAAACUUGCAAUUUGCAAGCUUUUACAUCUUUGUAAACAAAAAUCUCUUUUUUUUACAAUUUGAUCCGUUUUAUUUCCAACAAAGAAAUUUACUGUAAUUUGUACAGAAUGGGAAAAGUGUCACUACAAUCUGAAUGAAAAAGUACAGUAAAGAAUUUGUGAAAGAACUUUUAUAGUUGAAUUACGUCGAAUUGAAUUGAAAUUUUGUUCGUCAUGAACAUAAACAUGCAGUACAUAAUGCGGAACCCUUAUUAGAACUGUUCAGACAAAAGUUUGUGGACACCUGAACAUGCAGUUUUUGAACAUCCUACUGCUGUUAUAAUGAGAUUUUGGAGCGUAUUUGUGGAGGUUCAUUCAGCCACCAGUCACAAAGGUGUUUCAUAGAGUUCAAUAGCAGGAGAUCUUCCACUCCCUGUUCAUGGAGAUGGCUUUGUGCACAGGAGCAGAGUCGUCCUGGAAUAUCUUUGGCUCGAAUAGUUCAAGUGAGGGGGAAGAUGCAAUGCUACAGCCUUCAAAGACAUUUUAUACAAUUGUGUACCUCUGACUUUGACAAACAGUUUGAGGAGAACCACAUAUGGCUGGGGAAAGCCAGGUGUCCCAAUACUUUUGUUUUUAUAGUGUAUGUAUUGCAUGGUUUGACAUGAAUUUCAGUUUGAGAAUAAAUCAGGUGUAUAAAAUUCAAAAGUUCAGAUAAAUUUUCAGAACAUGA